GCGAUUGACUCACACAUCCACUCGGAGCACUCGGAGCCAUGACGUAGUGUAAACUCCCACCCAAUUAGGAUCAAAAUUACUUGUGCUGCGGUUAGAUAUGAAAUUGCAGUAUGACUCCACUAUUUCUGAUAUUACUGGUCUGUCUAGUCAUCUACACCAGCUUCACAUGGAUUCUCCCAAGAGCCGUUGCCUGGCUCGUAAAACGACGAUACAAAAUCCAUCUCCGUGUGGGUCACAUCUCGCUCCCCUACUUCAUCCUCCGAGACGUGAUAAUCUCGAAGAAUGGCUUUACAGUGGAGAUCGAGCAGAUAACAGUGAGGAGUAGCUUGUUCAGCAGCGAUGUAGCCAAGCUCCUGGCAGUUAUGAUGCAUGACGUGAGGAUCAACAAGGACGUGCCAGUGUGUCCUUCAAGAACAGACCAAAAGGACCUGAAGGAAUCCACUCCCCUGGACUUCAGGAACAGAAAAGUCCCCCCGAUGAUCAUCACCUUCGUCCAGUUCAUGGCGGUUCACAUCGAGAAUCUGAACCUUCUGGCCCUGGGGGACGGCUGGCUGGCGAACGGCAGCGCCGAGAGUCUCAGUCUCGAUGGGAGCGUUGUCCACGGGGCGCGGACCCUCCUGGUGGCAGCAACUGUUGCUGGAGGGGCUAUGAAGCUCCUUCGUCAUGCCUCUGAUGCUUGUCUCUCCCAGAUGAGCUUCGCUGGGAAUGUCGAGGCCACCAUUCAGGCGCAGGGCGCACUCACAGUUGAGAAGUUGAAUGUUGGAGUGACACAGUGUGAGGGGUCUGGAGGGCUAGCAUUGAUCCAGUUUGUUAGGGACAGGAAGUCGGUGGCGACGGGAGCGUCUGUCGAGAGGGCGGAGGAUAGAGGGUGUUCGGAGGAACUGUUGGCUAGGUUCACACCGAUCAUACCGAAGGACCUCUCAAUGAAGAUCGGUAGUUCCUCAAUAAUAGUCGGUCGCGAGGACCCCUCCCUCACGGGUCUCGAGGGCACAAUGAAAAAUCUCCUCGUGAACAUGACAUUCUCCCCAGAGACCCCUCAAACCAACCUAACCAUAAACCUCGAGGGUCUCUCCGUCCGGGGGAAGCUCCCAGUCCUCUCCCUGCACUCCCUCUCCGUCUCCUCAAAAUUCAAAGAGAACGUCCUCAGAAUAGACACCCGCCUGACCAACCUCUCCCUCACCUACGACCACCGCGACUGGGAGUCCCUCCUCUCGACGAACCGCCCCACCAUCCCCACGUCCAGGGUUCCCUCGCACUCGAAAUUCCCCUGGAUCCAGAAGAUCAAGACGACAACAGACCUUCAAGACGGCUCCCUCAUAGUCCGCCUGCCGGACGUGCCGGAAGCCUCCCUCGGACUGUUCCAAAUAAACCUAGAGCUGAAUCGACUGGGUUCAGAUCCCCACGACUGGACGACAAAGCUCUUAAUCGAGUCCCUGAGAUGCACCUUAAACGGUCAAGACCCUGGGAUUCCCAAGACUACCCACAACUGGGGGAAUCCCCUUUCAGUCGGUGUUUUAGUCGCCACAACUCACAAGAACGCCGUGGGAAUAGCCAUGGAUGCAUUGCGAGCCGAGUGGAGUCUAGAACUCGGAAGAUUCCUGCAGCAGUCCUUAAAAUACAUGAACGACCACUGGAAACAGCCUCCAAUCUUCGUGGGAAGUGCCUCCAAAUCGCCCGAUGAAAAGCCAACAGUCAAAAAACAAGAAAAAGAGAAGAUUCUUCAGCUGAAGAUCAAAGUCUCCAACUGUAACAUCUUCCUCAUCUCCGAGAGUGGUCUCUCAGUGAUGGCAAGACUGGACUUCGCGAAUAUCGAGCACAACGUGAAGGAGAGGUUCGUCGGAGUGGCUGAAGGAGUCUCUGCUAUAACCCUAAACCGAAAUGAACCGAUCGUUUGUGAGCACGCGGAACAUCUCAAAGAGCCCUUCCUCUCCAUCAGAAAGUGCAAGGGUGCAGUAACUUCGGGAGCCAUCAACAUCAGUGUGAAUGCAUCUAGUCUAGUCUGGAGUCCAAACCUCCACCUUCGAGUGCUUCAACUCUGGAGGGAGUCCUCCAACUUCAGGAGGGUCUUCAGCAUCAGUCCCUCGAUGGAGGCCGACGGAAUGAAGAAGCCCAAGAGGACAAUCGACUUCUUGGCAACUGGGGGAAUCACAAUAACUGUGGACAUCGACGUCCAGAAUCACUACGUUGAGCUGUUCUCGGAGGAGCUCAGGUGUUGCAAUGGGGAGUGGACGUCCAGUUUCUUGAAGGGAUCUUUAGAUAUGGUGGACAUUAUAGCGCUCGAGGGGCUUGAAUUCGUGAAGUUGAAGGAGAGUGAGGAAGUCAGAUUGGAGAGGCAGAAUAACGAAGACUUCAAGCUAGACUGGAACGAGACUUGGGCAAUGAGCAUUGACUCGGCGAAGGCUUGCUUUCCCUACGAGCAUUGCUUUGCCGAAGCCAUUCAGAACAAGCUGUUCAGUUUGAGAAAGUGGCUGAAGGAGAUUCAUUCGUCAGGAUCGAAGAAGGGUGACAAGCUACCUUGUGAUUUGGUCAUUAAGAUUAAAGAGUGGGUGUUCGAGGUGAGCGACGAUCCCUUUGAGAUUCGUCUGAGGGACAACUACGAACUUCUGGAGGACGAGUACAAGGAGAGCCUGAAGCGUCAAGCGAUGUUGGAUGCCAAAGUCAAGGAACUGUGUCGCGCUCAUCUGCUGUUGCCUCAGGGGAAGGUCGAGGAACUUUACGCCAGUCUCAACAAGAAGAACGCGGAGAUAUACGUGCAGAGGUGGAGACAGAUGCAGAGAACAGGCCCCGCGAGAACUAGACUCUUCGCCUGGACCAUGCAGGACCUCGAGAUCAUAGCCCUUGCUGAUCCUGUCAUUGAUGGAACGGCUAAUGCAACGGCUGCCAUCGCUGAGAUGGAUUCGGAGUCACCUUGGCCUGAGGAUGGCAUUGAGUUUGGCAUUUUGUGGGUCAGGGGGAUUGCUGUCAAGUGCACGGAGUGGAAGUUGCAGCUGAGGGACUUUCCUCAGCCCCUGUUGCUGGUGGAGGGCUUGAGUAUUUGGGGAAAGCUUGCUGGGGCCGAGAUGCUCGCACCUCCGAGGGCUAGGAGGACCGUUAGGAUCAAGGUUGGAGCUCCUUGGGAGGAUAUUGUGGUGGAGAGGGGAAUGACUUCGCUGAAGUAUUAUCAUGAUCUCAAUUGGGAUAUCGAUAAUUUCAGAUACGCAUUCGGUCCCUGCUGGGAGCCAGUGAUAGCUCAAUGCAACCUGAGCUUCGAGAAGAUCCUCCACCCAAGUAGAGAUCCCAGUCCGCCCCUCCCCUUCUGGGACAAAAUGCGGCUGGCCCUCCACGGGCGAUUGACCCUCUGCGUAAAGCAACUAACAGUCCUGCUGCACGCGUCCCUAGACCCUUACAAUACAACCGAGGAAAUGGAGUUGACCUGGUCAGGGCUAGAGCUCGACUGGACCCUCGGUAAAAUCAUUAUUAAGGGCGACCUCGAUGUCUACGUUAGAACAGCCAGCAAAUACGAUGACUGUCGUUUGCUGCACCUCCCCAACGUCAGAUUAUCUAUCAAACUAGCUUGGGUCUGUCUGGGGGACCCCCGGGAUCAUCACGCAGCCGUCCCCUGUGCCCCGGACAGACUCCCAGAGUACUCCAGCAACCAGGAGCACGACUCCUUCAGGGCCUUCCGGUCCCAGAAUAUAAACGUCAGUCUGUCCUUGGAGACGAGGCCGACUGGGUCUCCAACGGUCGUGACCCCCGCUCCAACAGCUGUUCUAUACGGCAGCACUCUGAGAUGGUUCGAGAACCUCAAGUUCAUUCUGUCGGGGGCGACGAGGCCCACAAGAAAGGGCCCCCUCUUCCGAAAUGUCAGACCUCGGAAGAAGCAGUUGAGUCGUCAUUACAAGAAAGUGAGAUUGACGCUAGCCUUCCACCAGUUUCACGUCAGCUACUGGAUGUCUUUUGCCAUGCAAAGGGGCUUCGAAGUCACAGGGGGACGGGUCGCAUGCUCCUCAGAGCACAACCUCUCCCUCUACCCAAUAGACGACGGAUUGAUCCACCGACCGAGAGCCGAGUGGUCGAUAAUCUACAUGAACUGCGAGUUGAGUGACGCCGAGAUCUGGCUGAAGAGCGCCCUCCAAGAGGAAGAGGAGUCGGCGUCGCUCCGUCAACCAGUGGAGAAGUGCUACUGCUUAAGCGUGACCAGAGUCAGCUACGGCAGGGAGGCCCUAGUUGCUGGUAUCAGUGGGGACACCCCGACCCACCGACUAGUUGUCCACGACCUGAAAGGCGCAUGGACGAAGACCAAUCGAGACGUUGCCUUCGCCCUAUUCGACUCCUUCAUCAAGACCCAACAGCUGAAGAGGAACCUGUCGACGGCGGCAUUGAAGGGCUUCCACAUGAGCGAGAAAACCCCUCAGAAGAACAGGACGAGAUCCAUCGAGGCUGUGAUAAACACGACAGCUGUUACCACCUCAGGAACCACAAGCACAAAUACAAGUACAACGACAACUCCUACGACGACGACGACCACGAGCACCAGCACAUCAUCAAGUAUAGCUUCUACGUCGUCAGUGGAGCCCAGCGCUGAGUCGUCAGUGGUGAAAAGUCACCAGAGCGAAGCUGCGGGGAUGCUUCAGCGAUUGAUAGCUGAGGCGGCCAAUAAGCCUGUAGCCUUCAGCGAUGAUUUGUCUGUUCAGACGAGGGGACAACAGCUACGGGGGCUCGCCGCCUGCAAUCAGGACGACGUCCUUCACAAGAACUGGCUGAUAGCCCUGGUGAAUUCCCAGGUGUUGCUGAAGGGGAUCGAGACGAAGGGCUAUGUGAUCCUCUCAGCUGCCAAGGCAGAGAUCCUUCAGAGAGUGCACCGUCCCGUCUGGCGGGAGAGGACUCUCGUUUCCAAAACCACCUGGGUGGGCUCACUGGAGUGCAUGCAGUACUACGCAACAGUCUCCGCUAACAUUGAUGACAACAUCGAUGACAACAACAUCAUGUGGCUGACCCUGGACAACAUUCAGGAGAAGGACUCGGUGACGGUUGCAGGACUGCCUGAUGUUCCGGCUUUAGUUGGCUCAGGGCAGAGUGUCGGAGGGGUUGUCAGUCAGACUGUUGGUGGUGGUGGGGGGCUGCAGCACCAGCUCCAGAGGAUUGUUUCCAGGUGCAAGUGCGAGUUCUGUUACGUUGGCUAUGGCCAGGCGUUGGACGAAGUCGAACUCGAGCAGAUGCCACCACCACCUCCUGAGGAGGUGACCCCCUGGGAGAGGAAGGACCUCUCGGCUGCUGACGCUUUCACCCUCAUGCAUCACGACUUGGAUGUUUGCACCAAUUCACUGCAGUAUGCCAUGCUGCUGGAUGUCGUUAAUAAUCUCUUGCUGUACGUCGAGCCGAGAAGGAAGGAGGCCAUGGAGAGACUCCAGAGGAUGAGGUUUCAGCUGCAGUUGCACUCGGUUGAGGACCAGAAGAGGCCUAUUCAGCAGCUGCAGAACACAGUCAGGGGACUGGUGGCGAAGCUCAGGAGACUGGAGAGGGAGACUUACCUGGUGCAGAAGGCCCUUGCUGAGGAGUCCAGUCCGGAGUUGCAGGCAGACAUGGAGAAGCUUGAGGCCAGGGUCUUUGAGUGCAAGGAGUCGUUGGGGGCCAAGGCAGAGGAGCUUGAUGUCAUGCUGAGUUGUUACAAGGAGACGACAGCCCCAGCUGCUGCCUCCACGAGCCUCAAGGACAAGCCUGCCGCUGUUGCGAGAGCUGCUGAGAUCUGCUUCAAGCACGCCCAGUGGAGGCUCACUGAUGCUGAUGGACAGUUGGGCAUUGCUGACCUCAUCCUCACCAAUUUUUUGUACACGAAGACCAGUAAAACUGAUGAUUCGGUGGAGCAUUUACUGGAGCUGGGGUACGUCAGGAUGACGAAUCUACUUCCUAAUCAGGUUUAUACUGAGGUGCUGGUGCCAACUGAGCUGCAGAGCAAUAUGCCGGUGGACAGGCAGAGGGCACUCAGGGUUUUCUGCAGGGAGAAGGCACCUGUUGCUGGGAUUUCUGUCAAGGAACAUUUUGAGAUUAACGUCGUACCCUUGACCAUUGGCCUGACGAAGAAGUUUUUCAACACGAUGUUGAAGUUUUGUUUUCCUGAGCGAGAUCCUGACGGGAUUGAAGAGCCACCAGCACCACAGAGGGACUCCUCUUUUUACGUUCCCAUUGAGAGACGUGAUGACGUGGAGAAGAUGAAGGAACGAGCCGAUAAGAAUAAAUUGUUCAUCUAUAUCAAGAUACCGGAGGUACCUGUGACGGUUUCCUACAAGGGGAAUAAGGAGAAGAAUCUGGAGGACGUGAGGGACUUUGCUCUGGUCAUACCGACACUGGAGUAUCACAAUGUCACUUGGACGUGGCUAGACCUUCUUCUGGCUAUGAAGAGUGACUCAAGGAGGGUUAUUCUGAGUCAGGCGAUCAAGCAGAAGCUGCAGAUCAAACCGAGGGGGCCUCAGGAGGAGACGACACCUCAGGAGGAGGACAAGGCGAGGCUUUUACUUGGGGCAAGACAUCACCCUGGUGAUGCUAGGAAGAAGAGUGUCUUCAAGUUCAAAUGAGGAAAUUGAGUAUUUUAUUUUGCACAGACAGACUAGUAAAAUUGAUGAUUCUGUUGGGUAUUUGCUGGGGCUGGGGCUCGUCAGAAUGACGAACCUACUUCUUUAGUUUUCUGCAGGGAGAAGGCAUCUGUUACUGGGAUUUCUGU